AGCAAAUGUCAGCAGCUAAAGCAGAGACCUAAUCAGAGUUUCUUACGUCUAGAUUUUAAAGUUCGUGGUUUAGUGAAUGGUCUAUUAUCUCUCCUCUGAAGAGGACGGUGUUGUCUAUGGACCCCUCCCCCUAAAGCCUUGUUUACCUGUGAACAACGACAGUGGAGACAGCCUGAGAGACACAGAGCUGAGGAAGUUUAAGGGAGAAGAAAUAAGGAGAUACAGUAUACAGGCAAUAAUUGUAAAAAGGAGAAUCAUAAAUGGAGCCAGGAUGUCUGAAGUGAUGAAAAUUAAGAUGGAAAACCCUGAAGGGGUCAGCUUGGAGUCUCCCAUACCUGCAGCAUCCAGAGCAGAAAUGGAUCAGAACCAAGACAGCAAAGAUUUCAUCCAUCAGAAGUUUGUGACUGAAGAAGACUCUACCCCUGACUGGAGCCCCAGUUUGGACCAACAGGAUCAAGAACACUCGCACGUAAAGAAGGAAGAGGAGGAACAGCAGAUCAGUUGGGAGGAAGAGCAGCUUCCUGUAAAAGUAGAAAAUGAAGGGAAACCUCAGUCAACAGAGCUUCAUCAAGGUGUUCCUAAAGAAAACAGAAGGACAGAAGUUCUAACUUGUAGUUCAGCUCAACCUAUUGGAGAGAACGGCACAGAACCAGAACCAGAAGUGCACAUAGACCCAGAUCCAGCAUGUCCUUCCCAACAAAGUAAAAUGGGAGUUCAAAAAAGGUGUAAAAAACUAUGUUUCAAAUCUGGAACCCAGAUUGUAGUCCAGGGUGGUGAGAAACUAUUCAGGUGUAGUACUUGUGGCAAAAUAUUUAAACAUAAGCGUUCUGUUAAGUUACACAUGAUAAUUCAUACUGGAAUGCGAAAACAUAAGUGUGAUCUUUGUGGUAAAGGAUAUAUAGAAAAGCGUUCUCUUCAGACACAUAUGAGAGUCCAUACUGGGGAGAGACCAUUUUCAUGCAAUGUUUGUUUUAGAAGGUUUAGUACAAAGGGAAGUCUUAGAACACACACAAAGCUCCAUUUAGAAGAAAAACCUUAUUCUUGUGAUCUUUGUGGCUCAAGAUUUUGGUUAAAAGAAGUCCUUAAAAAACACAAACAGAUCCACAGCACAGAGAAACCAUUUGGCUGUAGUGUUUGUGGUAAGACGUUUUUACGACAAGGAAAUCUAAAGUCUCACAUGUAUACUCACACAGGAGUGAAAUCAUUUAUUUGUGGUUUAUGUGGUAAAAGUUUUGUCCAUUCUAAUAGCUUUAAGAGUCACAUGUAUAUUCACACAGGAGAAAAGCCUUUUAUUUGUCGGGUUUGUGGUAAAACAUUUCCACGACAAAAGAAUCUAAAAAGACACAUGUAUGUUCAUACAGGAGAGAAACCGUUUGCUUGUGGAGUGUGCAGUAAAGGAUUUAGUCAAGCAGAGAAUCUAAAGAGGCACAUGCGUGUUCAUACUGGAGAAAAAACGUUUAUUUGUGUUGUUUGUAGUCAAGGAUUUUCCCAACAAUAUCUUCUAAAAAGUCACAUGCACACUCACACAGGAGAGAAACCAUUUAGCUGUGGUGUCUGUUAUCUAGGAUUUUUACAAAAAAGAAAUCUGCAGAGUCACAUGCGUGUUCAUACAGGAGAGAAAGCAUUUACUUGUGAUGUUUGUCAUAAAAGAUUUUCUCGAAGAGAUACUCUAAAAAUUCACUCGCGUGUUCAUACAGGAGAGAAACCAUUCAUUUGUGAUAUUUGUAGUCAAGCAUUUUCACGACAAGAGGCUCUGAAAAGUCACAUGCAUGGUCACACAGGAGAGAAACCGUUUACUUGUGGUGUUUGUUGUCAAGGAUUUUUACAAAAAAGAAACCUGCAGAAUCACAUGCAUGUUCAUACGGGAGAGAAACCAUAUACUUGUGAUGUUUGUCAUCGAGGAUUUUCUCGACGAGAUGCUCUAAAAAGUCACUCGCGUGUUCACACAGGAGAGAAACCAUUUGUUUGUGAUAUUUGUAGUCAAGCAUUUUCACAUUCAGUUAGUUUAAAGAGACACAUGGGUUUGCACGCAAGAUAAAUUAGUUGUUUGUAGUGGUAGAGGGGAAGCCUUUUCAUGCUGCGACAAUUCAUAAAAAGGGUGGAUGGUCACAGAGUGUGUGUUUGAAUCCACCAUGGACUGUCUCUGGAUAUGCGGUUGGAACUGUGGCGUAAGCAAGACAAUGGUCAGACAUUCCCAGAUGCAGCUGAGCAGUGGCAAUGUGAGCUUCCCUCCCGUUGGCCUACAGGAUGUCUAAUAUCCCCUUCUUCCU